GACAGCUCUGACAGCUUCCUCCUGUGUCAUUGUUACAGAUUUCAUUUUAAUUAUCGUGCUUAUGUUUGAUUCGACAUUUUUGUUUGCAAAGUAAUUUUUUGAGUAAACAGUAGACUGUGUUAAUUGGUGACGAGAUGGCAGAAGAGUGGCAAACACCAGCUUUUCGUCAGAAUGUUGUGAGCAAAAUAAACGAAGCUAUAGCCUCCGCAAGUCUGAUGUCAUCGAGAAACGGUACGGAAAUGGAGAAUCACGUAUUCUCGAAAGCUAAAACCAAAGAAGAAUAUUUGGGAUUUGUGGCCAAACUGAUAAUUCAUGUCAGAGACACAAAGAACAAGAAUGCACAGCAACAGCAGCAACAACAACAACAGCAGCAGCAGCAGCAACAACAACAACAACAAAAUCCAGAUGGUGGAAUGCAAGAUCCCAUCAAUGCGCUACAGAAUCUGGCUAGCCAGGGUAGUCGACAACAAAUUCAACCGCAAAUGAUGAUGGGAGGCCAGCAAAUGAACAUCAAUCCAAACAUGGGACCGGUGCAACAGGGAUCGAAUGUACUUCAGUCUCUUAUUCAUCAAAGACCGGGCCAACAGCAAAUGCCAAAUAUGCAAAAUAUUCGUCAGCAAAUGCAACAAAUGCCGGGCAAUAUGCAACAGGGUAAUAUGCCUCCUGGAGCAGGUAUGGUCAAUCACAAUAUGGGUAUGGGAGCGAUGGGAAAUCAAGUUCCCAAUCCGGCUGGUCAAAUCGGUGGUAAUAUGGCUGGCCAGAUCAAUCAAAUGCAGAUGGGCAAUAUGCAAAAUCAACAAAUUAAUCCCAUGGGCAACAUGGUGUCCAUGCCAAUCAAUCAACAGCAAAUGGGACAGAAUCAGAUGAAUGUCAACAUGAACAAUCAGAUGAAUCCUGGCCAAAUGUCCCAGAUGCUCGGCCGAAUCAAUGUGGGACCAGGUGCGGGACCGAUGAAUCAUCAGAACAUGGGCAAUCAAAUGGGUCCAAUGAAUCCGAAUGGAAUGCCACAAAUGGCACCGAACAAUAUGCAACAGCAAAUGGGACCGAAUGUGAUGAACGCACAGAUCCCAAUAAAUCAACAGGCCAUGGCACCCAAUCAAAUGAGUGGUGGUCCGAUGGGCAUGAAUCCAAUGAUGAAUAUGCAGCAACAGCACAUGGCUCGGAAGCCACAGGAAAUGAUGAUGAAUAACAAUCAGAAUAUGUAUCAAGUUCGAAAUGUUGGUCCGAACCAAUUUUUCCGAAAAAGUCCGAGUCCCAGUUCGACAACCUCGCCGGCAAACAUUGCUUCAUCUCAUCAAAACCAAAUGGUUCCGAGUCCAGCGUUGGUGGCAUCACCUCAAAUGCCAAACAUGCAACAACGAAACGUUAUGGGUAUGGCGCCGUCUCCGAGCUCAUCCAUCAAUACACCCGGACAGGCUGUCGCCGUUCCGAGUCCGUUGAAUCCACACGAGGAGCAACAAUACCGUGAAAAGUACAGACAAUUGACGAAAUACAUCGAACCUUUGAAGCGAAUGGUUGCUCGCAUUGGCAAUGACGGAAAAGAUUCAAAUGAAAAACUGUUGAAAAUGAACAAAUUGUUGGAGAUUCUGUGCAAUCCCAACCGACGUAUUCCACUCGACACUUUACUGAAAUGUGAAAUAGCUUUGGAAAAGAUGGACUUUAAAACGUAUUCUUGUCCUCCGACCGGCGGUCUCAUUGGCAAUUUGAAAGAGCAUCCGAUAAACAAUCCACUUCUGGAGGCUGUCAGUGCUAAUCUACAGAGUCCGAUCGGAAAUCAUACAUUGCAACGCUCAUUUCGACCGUGUCUAGAGGCGCUCUUCGGACCAGACAUCAAGAACCUGCCGUCGCCAGCAAAACAACAGAGGUUAUCCGUUACCAGCGAUACAACGUCAUCGUCAGCGCUCGAAAUUCCGCAUGUUCUGCAAGGGGAAAUCGCCCGGCUCGACCAAAAAUUCAAAGUGUCCCUGGAUCCAUCGUCCCAGAACGGCACCAAGCUAAUCAAACUCGUCUGUUGUUUGGACUCGCAGCAUCUGCCCUGCGUUCCGCCCGUUAGCGUUGUGAUACCGGACGACUAUCCGUACAGUGCGCCCAGCUGCAAAUUCGCAACCGGACAGGAGUACAAUGCAACUCCGUUCUUGAUAUCGGUGCAGAGUGCACUGAUUGCUCGCAUCUCGAAAUUACCAAAAUUAUUUUCGCUAUCGCAUUUGCUGGACACGUGGGAGAUGUCGGUGCGUCAGGCAUGCUCGCCGGCGUUGAAUGCACAACAAAUGAAUCCGACAGCUACGUCGGUGUUGCUGGGAAUUUAAAAUGAAUGCCAACAUUUAACGGAAUUUAUUAACUAAAUUUAAUUUGGACUUUUUGGUCGUCAUUUCUUGUUGUCUCAAAAUAAAAACGAAUAUUUGUAUACGUAGAA